AUGGAACAAGUUCAGUGCUGGGGGGGGCUAAACAGCAGGAAAGAGAAGAUCUUCAACUCACCAUCAUCGUCAUCGAUGAACUCAUCAGCAUUCAUGAGUGGUAGCUCAUCAACAUGGGAAGAGAAGGCUUUUGCUGAAGAUGCGGCAGGGCAUGGUCCUCUUGGUGGUUGCAUAUGGCCUCCAAGAUCUUACUCUUGCAGUUUUUGUAUGAGAGAGUUCAGGUCAGCUCAAGCCCUAGGCGGUCACAUGAAUGUCCACAGGAGAGACAGAGCUAAACUUAAGCAAUGCCUUAACCAUAAUACUACCGCCACUACACAUGAUCCUCAUCAUGUCCCACACCAUUAUAAUAUCCAUGAUGCACAUGAUCAUCAUCAUGUUCCACAUCAACAUCAUAUCCAUUAUACACAUGACCAUCAUCAUCAUCAUCAACAUCAUCAGCCUAUAGCUUCCACAGUUCACAAUAUUGACCCUAAUAACAUCUCGUCAAUAUCAUAUCCAUUUUCUUCACCUUCUUCUUCUAGGGUUCCCUCGUCUGCAGCUAAUUUACUAGCUGCUCAAAAGGAGAAUUCAGGUACUGAAGAACCAGCUUUUUUUUUCUCUCCUCCUUUUUCAUCUACUACUGCUGCUACUGUAGCUCCAUCUUGGUCAUCAGAUAAUUCAAAACCCGAUGACCAAUUGGAAAAGGAGAAUAUGAUCAGGGAAGAUGACUCCGUAUCACUUCUAGGUAAUUAUGAUCAUGGUGAUUACUAUAAUGUCGAAACCGAUUUGUCGAUGGGCUUGAAUAUCUCGGUUGUUAGCAGAAGUAGAUCACAAGGAGGGUCUUGUGGGGAAGAAGCAAGCAUGAGUUGUAAGAGGCCUAAGACUACAACUAAUGCAGCUAUUUCUUCAUCAUUUCCAUUUUCUCUGCAAUCAGAAAUAGAGGUAGCUGGAGCACUUGUGGCAAGCUCCAUGGAAGAUUUGGAUCUCGAGCUCAGGCUUGGUGACCCUCCAAAGGUGAAAUGAAAGUAUAGUUGGCCUGGCCAAUUGGCAUGCAGUUGUAUUAUUGGCUAGCUAAUCAUCUUGAUCAUAUUAAUUGUUGCAAUGCUUUUUUUUUUUUUUUUUUUUAGGAGAGAAUUAGAAGAAACUGAUCACUUUCAAUUUCCUUUUUCCUUCAUCUUUUUCCAUCUCUUUCUUGGCAAACCCUUAAUUAAGGAUUCAAACUGUGCACAUAUUAAUUGAAUUCAAGAUAAAUUGAUUGCACUUUAUUUUCUUAACUAUCUGCCUUGUCAAUCAAAU